ACCCAUUUAACAGAAGAAUUUGGGAGUGAGAACACAGUUAUUUCCUAUAACAAGCUUACAGUUAAUUAGUUUGGUGAGAAAAUCCAGAACCAACCAUGGUGAAAGAGAAGAUUCAUGUUAAUGUGGUGAUCAUCGGUCAUGUCGACAGUGGCAAGUCGACCACCACCGGCCACCUCGUCUACAAAUGUGGUGGUGUCGAUCAGAGACGACUGGAGAAGUUUGAGAAAGCUGCAGCACAGAUGGGGAAGAGUUCCUUCAAGUUUGCCUGGGUGCUGGACAAGCUGAAAGCUGAGCGUGAGCGAGGAAUCACUAUCGACAUUUCUCUGCUGAAAUUUAACACUCAGAAAUACACCAUGACUAUAAUUGAUGCUCCAGGCCACCGUGACUUCAUCAAAAACAUGAUAACUGGGACUUCACAGGCUGAUGUUGCCAUCCUGGUGGUCUCUGCUGCUAAAGGAGAGUAUGAGGCAGGUGUGUCAAGAAGUGGUCAGACCAGAGAGCACGCCUUGCUGGCGUACACUCUGGGCGUGAAACAGAUCAUAGUCUGUGUGAACAAGAUGGACGUGACUGAGCCACCCUACAGCCAGAAACGCUUCGACGAAGUGGUGCGUGGCGUGAGCGGCUUCCUCAAGAAGAUUGGCUACGACCCCACCUCUGUGCCUUUUGUUCCAAUUUCUGGCUGGACUGGGGAGAACAUGAUCACAGCAACUCAGAAGAUGCCUUGGUUCCAAGGAUGGAAAUCAAGACGAAGAGAAGGGCAUACAAGCGGGAGAACUCUACUAGAAGUCCUGGACUCCAUUCAGCCACCUGUACGCACCAUCAACAAGCCCCUACGAUUACCUCUGCAGGAUGUCUAUAAAAUUGGAGGAGUUGGGACCGUUCCAGUGGGUAAGAUUGAAACUGGCAUCUUGAAACCAGGCAUGACCCUGAUGUUCUCCCCUGCCAAGCUCACUGCCGAGGUGAAGUCCAUCGAGAUGCACCACCAGGGGCUGCAGACGGCUCUGCCGGGGCACAAUGUUGGCUUCAACAUUAAGAACGUGGCCGUCAAGAACCUGCGGCGUGGAGACGUGGCCGGCAACGCCCAGCAGGACCCUCCAUCAGACGUCAGCAGCUUUGAAGCUCAGGUGAUCAUCCUGAACCAUCCAGGGAAGGUGAAAACCGGCUACUCCCCCGUGCUGGACUGCCACACCGCCCAUGUGACCUGUCGCUUUGCUGAGCUGAAGGAGAAGAUUGACCGGCGCACGGGAAACAAGCUGGAGGACCACCCGCAGGUACUGGUGUCUGGAGACGCUGCUACAGUCAAACUGGUUCCCAUCAAGCCCAUGUGUGUGGAGAGCUUCUUCACAUACCCUCCUUUAGGUCGCUUUGCAGCACGAGACCUGAAGCAGACGGUCGCUGUCGGCGUCAUCAAGUCAGUGGAGAAAGACACGGCAUCAAAACCUCACAAAGCCCAAGUGUGUAAAUAAUUUGUUUGGUUUACCAGUAAAUUCUGGUAUGGCUGCUUUUGUGAACAGUUUUAUUUGGUAAAAAUGCAUUUUUUGUGUUGUGACACAAAGUAUUUAUGUUGUCUUAAAAAGUGAUUUAUUCCUGUGUUAAUGUUAAAUCCAAGAAGCUGUAGAGUUGGAUGGAAACUUUUGUUUGCGAUAACAAAAUAAAAGAUUUAUUUGAAGAACUUUAA